GGCUGGGGUUGCCGAGUGGCGAGGUCUGGGCUGUCUCUCCACCGCGCUCGUUUGGGACCUUCGCGGCCCACUACCGGGCGUCUCACUGCCGGGGGCGUGGGACACGGCGGCGUGGGGUCCAGCACCCAGAAUCCUCGCUAUUCCGGGGGCGCCCUGAACCAAGUCUCGGACAUCUCUGACCCCCAGGGCCCACUCUUCGCCCCUCACACCAGGAGCCUGGCACUCUGGUAAUAAAUCAGCAUUAGCCCAGAUGUCUUCAGCACCUGACCCUCCAGCCUUUAAAAAUGAACCAGCCAAAGAGAAAGACUUUCGAAACCCCGGGCUCAGGGGGGUCCGCACGACAACUUUAUUUCGGGCUGUGAAUCCAGAGCUCUUCAUUAAACCUAACAAACCUGUAAUGGCUUUUGGAUUGAUAACCCUUUCGCUAUGCGUGGCUUAUAUUGGUUAUCUACAUGCAACACAAGAGAAUAAUAUGGAACUCUAUGAAGCUAUUGAUAGUGAGGGGCACAGUUCCAUGAGGAGGAAAACAUCUAAAUGGGAUUAGUGGUGCUGGUUACUGUGGAUGAGCUGUGUUAAGAGCUCCGGAAUUGUUCAGUGAUGGGCUAUAAAUGCACAGUCUCAUGUUUUGUGUGCAGUUGCAACACACCGCUUAGUAAUCUCUGUAUUUUCAAAGCUGCAGCCAUUAUCUCAUUCUUUUUCCAACGAAAGCUCCUCCAUGUAUUUUUUAAAUGAAGUCCUCUUAUGAAGGUGCCAUGAGAAUGGAAGUCAUUUUUGUUGAUUAAGUUUUAUGUGAUGAAAGUCCCCAGUGUUGUUAAAUUUAUAUGGUAUUUUUAAUAUUUUAAGGUGAAUGGUGCAUUUGCAGUUGCUGUGAGGGUUUAGUUGUUUUGAUUUGCAAAGGAAAUGUUUAUUUUCUAACUGGACAUAGAACCUGUGUUUGUGAAGAAAAAGAAAUGAUUGUAAAUGAUUGUAAACCCUGCAGUCAGUGUUAAAGACAAAUAGUUUAUCCAGAGUCACAGAUGGUUCAUAUAUUUUGGUUUCCAUUUCAGCUACUUUUUGGUCCACAAUUUUAUUUUAAUUGAAAAGAUACUCACAGUCAACUAAAACCAAGAUUAAAUGGGAGAAUAACCCAAUGUAAUUGGAGUUUUUUUUUUAAGAAAAGUAUGUUAUACUGAGCUAUGAUGUUUUUACUUGACUACAGCUGUUAUCUAUUUUAGUUUUUGCAGAUUAAUGCCACAAUGAUAUAAUAAACAUGAGACCAAAUGUUCUUACAGUUAUUUGAAAACUAGAACUACUCAGUGAAUAACAAAGUCUCCUUACCAUCCUGGGUUUACCUAAUAUAAUUGGAAUCUUUCUGGCAAAGGUUUUGGACCUGUACUAUUCCUAGGUACUUACCCCAUUCUCCAAGUCAUUGCAAUCAGGGCUCAGUAAUAAAUCUCGUCUCUGAAAUUUUGUUUCAUUUAUUAUUACCAAGUAAUAAUAAAUGCACAAGCAGAGUUUAUCAUCAUAAUGAAUGUUUUUACUUUCCAGAACUUUAGUGUGAUUUUGCAAAGAUUCAUGAAAAUGCAGUUGUGCCUGAUUUGUAGAUGUCAAAGAGCUUAGCUGAGUUAUCCAUAUGCAUCUAAAUUCAGUUUUUACUACUGAGUCCUAAAUAUUUCUUGCUUCCUCUCUCUACAUAGUACACAGUUUAAAAUAUACUUCAGUGGUGUAAAAUGUCUUUUAAUUUAAAGUAUUAUGUUUUGCUUUUGGUCUCCUUGUGUACUUUGGUUGUUAAUGAACUUGAAUUCUGUUUUCA